CCGCCGACGAGGGGCCACCGCCCGCGCGCGCCCGACCUCCGCUGUUCAGUGGGCAGGAAAAAGGGAAUCGGAGCCAUGCCCGAGCUUCACCCAGGCACCACCAUCGAGAUCUCGGACAACGUCCCGACGAGUGGCUUUCGGAAUGCCAUCCCCAAUUCCAGGAGGUACAUGCGGCACAACGCCGUAUCCCUCCAGGACGUCGCUGAUGCAGCCUACACUGGCGACUACGACUUGCUGGAAGAGAUGUUGUCCACUGGGAACGAGAGGCAGCUGUUCAACGGCGACCUCAACGCCUUCGUAGAAGACAAGAAUCCUCUGCACUACGCUGCCCAGUCAGGGAACACAGAGUGCGUCGAGUUGCUGCUGCGGGCAGGGGCAGACCCCCACGUCAAGGAGUCCAUGCCGUACGGCAAGGACCCGGAGGAGGGCCGCACGGCGCUGCAGUUGGCGCAGGAGUGGGGGUGGGAUGACAUGGUUCCAAUCCUGCAGAAGGCGGAGGACACGACCCCGUACGGGUGGUACAUGCCGGCUGGCAAGGGCAACAACGCCAAGGUCUACGGGUGCUGGGAGUUCGGCAAGAAGCCCCCCAAGGGCUGGCUCAUGAGCCGCCGCGGGGUGGCCGAGCUGUGGGGGCUGGACCCCGCCAAGUACGGCCUGCAGCCUUUCGCUAGCGACGUCGUCGAGCGACCCGAGGCGAGCACGACGUACGUCGAGGUGCCAAAGCCCGUGUUCACGCAGCCGGACACGCAGCUCGCGAGGCCCGCGGCCACACCCGCGCCCUCGUCCGCGCCCACACCCGCGCCCGCGCCCGCGCCCGUGGCCGCGGCGGCCGUGCCGCCGCCCCCCACGGCGGCGGAGGGGACGCUGCCCGUAGGACUGCUCUUCCCGGGGCAGGGCUCGCAGUACGUGAACAUGAUGAGGUCGGUGAAGGACAUCCCCGCCGUGCGCGAGAUGCUGCAGAAGGCCGAGCCCAUUCUCGGGUUCGACGUCCUCGACUUGUGCCUCAACGGGCCCGACGCGAAGCUCGAGGAGACCCGCUACUGCCAGCCGGCAAUGUUCGUCGCCGGCAUGGCUGGGCUCGAGAAGCUGAAGCUGGACCGGCCAGAGGUGGCCGGGGCCUUCCGCGUGGCGGCCGGCCUGUCUCUGGGCGAGUACACCGCGCUGUGCGCGGCCGGCGUCUUCAGCUUCGAGGACGGCCUGCGGCUGGUGAAGCUGCGCGGCGAGGCGAUGCAAGAGGCUGCGACGCUCAGCGCGCAAGGCAUGGUCUCGGUGGCUGGCCUCGACAAGGACAUCAUCACGAAGCUGUGCCAGGAGGCGGCGGCAGCGGAGGGGCCAGGCGGCGUGUGCAUGAUCGCCAACGAGCUCUUCCCGAAGGGCUUCUCGUGCGCCGGCACGAGGAAGGCCAUAGAGAUGCUGCAGGAGAAGGCCGUGGCGGCUGGCGUACUGCAGGCAAAAAUUCUCAAGACCUCGGGCGGCUUCCACACGUCGCUGAUGCAGCCGGCGAAGGAGAAGCUCGGGAAGGCCCUGGACGAGCUGCUCCCGAGCAUGAAGCCGCCGGCCCACUGCGUGUGGAUGAACACCACGGCGCAGCCACUCCAGCCUGGCACGGACCCGAAGGAGGUCGUGGAGCUGCUGAAGAGGCAGCUGACGACCCCCGUGCUCUGGGAGACGUCGGUGCGCAACAUGAUCAAGUCCGGCAUCACGGAGUUUUACGAGGUGGGCCCGCAGAAACAGAUCAAGGCCAUGAUGAAGCGCAUAGACCCUACUGUGUGGAACGGCACCACGUCUCUGGAGAUCUGA